ACCGCAGCAUCCCCUUUUCAAGGGUAAUACCAGCUGUUUACGGCGAAGGGACGGGCUGGGCAGAGACAGAAAUAUAGGCGUCGCCAGCAUCUAAGGACUACCCCUCUCAGCUGCAAGAAACGGCUCGUAAAUGGUGUUUUUGGGUAAAAGAGAUUAUUUAUUCAUUCAUUCACGUGAACGUGCUUAAUGCUGAGCGCUAUCUUUUGUUUAUAACACAAGCUACCAUUGCGAAUUCAGACGGGACAGAAAUGAUGCGUAUGGAGCACAGGACUGACAGUAUCGCAGUGUCGCGUGAUAUCAUAUGAUUUUAAUAUUUUCGUGACAGCAGAAUUUAUCGGAACUGUAAACAGGGGUCGAGUUUUAUUCAUUAGCUUCCAUCAUGUCAAAGAUUAAAAAUUGUGAGACGGUGAAAGUGGUUGUGAGAUGCCGCCCACUGAACCGAAAAGAAGAAGCGACGGGCUAUGAAAGCAUUGUUGAUAUGGAUGUCAAAUUGGGGCAGGUAGCAUUAAGGAAUCCGAAGUCUCCGCCUGGGGAAUUACUGAAAACGUUCACAUUUGAUGCUGUGUAUGAUGCCAGCUCGAAACAAAGCGAUCUUUACGACGAGACUGUCAGACCUUUAAUAGACUCAGUUUUGCUUGGUUUCAACGGGACUAUAUUUGCUUACGGGCAAACGGGCACGGGAAAAACCUAUACAAUGCAAGGGUUGUGGAUGGACCCUGAAAAAAGAGGCAUCAUUCCAAAUUCCUUUGAGCACAUUUUCACACACAUAUCCAGAUCUCAAAACCAGCAGUACCUGGUUAGAGCGUCCUACCUGGAGAUUUACCAAGAGGAGAUCAGAGACCUCUUAUGCAAAGACCACACCAAGAAACUGGAACUCAAAGAAAACCCAGACUCGGGAGUUUACAUUAAGGACCUCUCUUCUUUCGUGACCAAAAAUGUCAAGGAGAUCGAGCAUGUCAUGAACGUGGGGAACCAAACCAGGUCCAUCGGGUUCACCAACAUGAACGAGCACAGCUCCAGGUCGCACGCCAUCUUUGUGAUCACCGUGGAGUGCAGCGAGAUGGGCCCAGACGGGGAGAACCACAUCCGGGUCGGCAAGCUCAACCUGGUGGACCUAGCGGGCAGCGAGCGGCAGAGCAAGACGGGUGUCCAGGGCGAGCGGCUCAAGGAGGCCACCAAGAUCAACCUGUCCCUCUCCGCCCUGGGCAACGUCAUCUCGGCCCUGGUUGACGGGAAGAGCACGCACAUUCCCUACAGGGACUCUAAGCUGACCCGGCUGCUCCAGGACUCACUGGGCGGCAAUGCCAAGACCAUCAUGGUGGCCACCCUCGGCCCGGCCUCCUACAACUAUGAGGAGACCCUGACCACACUGCGCUAUGCCAACAGGGCCAAGAACAUCAAGAACAAGCCGCGGGUGAACGAGGACCCCAAGGACGCCCUGCUGAGGGAGUUCCAGGAGGAGAUCGCCCGGCUGAAGGCCCAGCUGGACAAGCAGGGGCUGCUGACGAAGAAGAGGAGGCGAAACAGCCGGCGGCUGAAAAAGGGCGUGGACGGGGAGGAGGCGACCGACGGAGAGGGGGACGAGGAGACGGACGAAAGUGUGGAGAAGGACGUGGAAGACUACAUGAAGGAGCAGCAGGAGAAGCUGGAGCUGGAGAAGGCCGCCAUCCGGGAUGACCGCAGCCUGGUGGCUGAGGAGAAGCAGAAGCUUCUGGAUGAGAAGGAGAAGAUGAUGAUUGAUCUGAGGAAGGAGCAGGAGGCCACAGAGAUGCUGACCGCUAAAUUCAAGGCUAUGGAAAGCAAGCUCCUGGUGGGAGGGAAGAACAUUAUCGACCACACCAACGAGCAGCAGAAGAUGCUGGAGCUGAAGAGGCAGGAGAUUGCUGAGCAGACUCGUCGGGAGAGGGAGAUGCAGCAGCAGAUGUUGGCCCAGGACGAGGAGACUCUGGAGCUGAGAGAGACCUACUCCUCCCUGCAGCAGGAGGUGGAGCUCAAGACCAAGAAGCUCAAGAAGUAUAAAAAGCUAUACGCCAAGCUGCAGUCGGUGAAGGCCGAGAUCCAGGACGUGAACGAUGAACAUGUGAAAACCAGGCAGGAGCUGGAACAGACCCAGAAUGAGCUGACCAGGGAGCUCAAAUUUAAGUACCUGAUCAUUGAGAACUUCAUCCCCCCUGAGGAAAAGAACAAGAUUAUGAACCGGCUGGUGUUUGAUAGUGAAGAGGACCAGUGGAAGUUCCAGCCCCUUGUUCCUGCAGAGAAUAAAUUCAUUCAGAUGAAGAGAAGACCCGCCUCUGCAGUGGGAUACAAGCGACCAAUCAGCCAGUACGCUCGGGUUGCCAUAGCGAUGGGAGCUCACUCUAGAUACCGGGCGGAAAACAUCAUGUUCCUGGAGCUGGACAUGACCCCACCCACCAUGUUCCACCUGGACUUCCCCAAGGCACAACCAGAGCAGGACCUGGCUCUGCAUUUGGGCCGGGAUCUGCUGCUCGACAACGCCACCUACAGGGACAGGGCUGCUGCUGCGCGUGUCAGGAAGUCUCGAUCUUGGUGUCAGGCUCCACGCGCGAUCUCGUCCUCCUCAUCCACGUGCUCUCUGACCUCGGGGGCGCAGUACCUCCCCCACACCCAGGGGGCGACAGCUGCCUCGUCUCAUCCUUGAAAGGGAGCCCACCCCACCCCCUCCCCCCAGGCCCAUGAGGAGCACUGAUCCUGCCUGCUCUCCACCUGGGCACUGCCCACAACCACUGGGUUCUGUAUUUAAAAUGUUUCAUUUUGCGCUUGUCCCUCCUCGCCAGGAGCCUAACCGCAACGGAUUUUCAUUGAGCAGAAAAAGGACUGUGCAGUAUUUCAGAGACGCUUGUUUUUCUUGUUUUAAUUUUGAUCUGAGCUGGUGGUUGAAGCCUUCCAAUGCGGGUAUUGUAUUCAUAUUGAUCAGCAUGUGGCCCUACCUUGGAUGUUUAAAAGAGCGAACCCGACCCUCACGGUUUCCAGUAGAUAGUGGCUAAUUGUCUCACUUUGUAAAAACAAAAAAAAAAAGUUUUAAAAGCAGAAAGCAUUUCUUUUUGUUUGUUUGUUUUCUCAAGGGUGUUGCAUAAGUCUCACAACUGCUGGCAAAAGAUCAAGGCUUCAGCUAACACACUGGUGGAGGUUUCAUGCUUGUUUCUCUAUAUGCUUGAAAUUUGAAAUCUCUUGGAAAAAGCACCACAGACCUGAAAUUACUUGAAACGCCAUGUCAGCCAAGUUUACUGCCAUUACUCUAGCUUUCUCUGCUAGCUCAGCAUUACGAUCAUGUAGAGGGCCAUGAGCUGUCCUUUCAUUUUUUAUUGCUAUCUUUGACAUCUUGAUUACAAUGUCAAAGCAAGGAUUAUUCUUUUUGUCGCUUUUGCUCAGCCUGAUAUGAGUGCACACACACAGAACUUAGCGUAGAAUAGUAGUUAAUUGAAAGGAAAGAUUUUCAUUGGGGCCAAGUACAGUACAACUGGUUGUGACUGAAAAUGAUACAAAGUACAAAGGCUUUUAGAUAGGAUUUCUGAGUUGUGUUUCUUCAUCAAAUUUGGUGUUUUUUCACUAUUCUCCAGAGAGGAACCAAGUCACAGAGGGGCUUGGGAAAGAAAUAUGUGGUCGCCUCUUUUGUUAUUUCCGCGGAGUGAAGUUUCAUUAAGAGACUAAUCCCAGACAUUCUUCCCCUUUUGGCAGGCCCAGUGAAUCCUGGGAAAUCAGUUCUCACCAACCUCCCUCUCCCUGUUGUAUCUGUACUAUAGAAAUAUUUCAACUAUGCCAGGACCAAAGCAAAAAAGACCAACAAAAAGACACAAACAGAAUAUGAUGUCACAUGCUGACUGCGUACUGGUUUAUAAAAACAAGAAAUAUGAUCAUUCAUCUGUCAUUGCGCUCACUGUAACUGAGCAUGUUAUAGUAUGAAAGGACAGAUUGACUCAGAUUCUCAGAUCUAACCACAAUAUGCGUCAUUCUUAACUAUGGUUAAGGGAUUAAGGCAGGUAUUGCAUUUUGCUGUUGUCUUUGUUUUUUUAAUAGCAUUUUUUCAUUUAUUUCAGCAACUGCCAAACUUAGUUUGUCAGUUUCAAAAUAUAGUGCUGUCUUCAGUUAGUACAGGUGGAAAACAACACAUUGUGAUUAUCCUUGACUGAAUCUAGCCUGAAGUAUCCAUUAUCAUAUUGCAGGCUUUAUAUUUGCUUUGAUGUAAAUAUAGUUGAGAUUUUUACGUGCAACAAGUGGAUGAGAGGUGGGCAAUGACAGGUGACUGUUAAUAACAUCUGUCUUCAGAAAAUCAGCUUUGAAUUAAAGUCAUUUUAGGUUAAACAUAAAACCCUGAAACAAAUGGCACAAAACAUUGAUUUCAUCUGUAACACGGUUUUUUUUUUAAUUUGAUUGCUUGUCUUCUCUGAAGAUUGGUGAAGCACAUGAAGGAAACAUGCCUUUGCAAAAAUGCAAAAAUACACUAUACUGUUUUCAGAAACUCCACCUAAAUUCGCUAACAGAUCUUAGUGAUAUGUUUCCUAUAGCUGUUUGAUCCUCAGUGCCUCACUACAACAUGGAGAGUUUGGUUGGGCUGACCUUGUGGCCUCUUGAGUGUUGCCAAGAAGUCAUACAUCAUUCCCAUGAUCUUUGUACUUUCCCCAAACUUGUGAUUUACUUUGAGAAAAAAAGCUUAUUUUUUAAUGCUGUCCUGGAUUUUUUUUUAUUGCAAGUUCAGUAUAAUUCCACUUUAUACAAUUUGUUUGCUGGCAUAUAGAGAAAUAAGAGUUGUGCUAAUUCACUGAGGUACUGAUUUGACAUGAUUGUGAUGCUGAAGUAAUUCAUUAACAAUGUUCUGAGUGUAAAUACAUAAUUUCUCCCCUGAUUUUCAUUACCUGGAUUCUGUGUCAUGCCUAAAAUCAAGCAUAUUCAGACAAAUACAUAAGACUAAAGGAGCUUUGUUCCUUGAGCGUGUUGUAAUCUUCUGAAACUGAGAAUGUUAUUCUAGCAAGAUUGUGCUAGGCUGUGACAUUAACUAAGUGAUUGCUUACCUGUUCCGAAGGUUACUUGUGAGCUGUGCUUCUCGUUGUGAAACUGAAAACUGUACCUCUUGUAAGAGAAGAUGGCCCAGACCUCUAGAGAUGUAGUUUGCCUGGCUGACAGAACAGACGAGUUUAGGAUUACGCUAAUUAAUAAAGGAGAGGUUAAGAGGAACAAUGGAUUUGAGGUGGGGGGGUGGAAUCGGGUGGGAGCAAUUCUGUUGUGAAUUAUUGAUUAUGUGGACUGGACGUGGCUUCGCAUUACGGCUAAUCGGCCUAUCCAGGCAGACAGGUGAGAAGUAUGGACCAUGCCUUCCUCUUGACCUCACCUGGGUCACUUUCAUUACAUUUAAUCCCCUUUUAGUCGGGGUGGUUGUGGGGAAGGCGGUGGUACACAUUACAUGUCAAAAUGUGGGAAUAUUCAAUAUGGGAAUUUGCUUUGUAUUUGCUGGGGGUGAGAAAUGGUCUAUACCUUUGCAGGGCAAUAAAUCAGAGUGGGUACUUAAUUUGCUAAUUCCAACACUACCAAAAGUGUAUAAACUUUGUGUAUAGCAUAAGCAAACACAAAAUGCAGGGUUUAGUACUGUUUUGGUGUUACCAUUUCUGAUUUAGGUGGUCAGUAAUAGUGAAAGAAGAGUGAGGCUUCAUAAAUCCAUGUUGAUGGAGCUACCACACCAUUGUGUGAGUUGUGUAAACCAAUCCAAAGAAUUUGCCCUUCACAGCAAAACACUGCGAUUGGUCACUUCUAAGACUCAGUGACAGCAUGAUAGCUUGAACCAUGUUUUGGAGCUUGUGAAGCCUUGCUCUCUCAUCACUAGUCAGUACCCAGCCUUCAGCAUAAAUCAGUGCAUGACGUGGAAAGUAUUCACAGUUCACGUCACUAGUCAGUUUCUGCAGUAGUCUCACAUUGUCCUCUUGUUUAGGUCCUCACCCAUGAGUACACCUCCAAUUCUUCCACAGGUGCGAUCCAAGUGCCAUGUCCUCGGUGCAGUAUGCUGAGGAAUGGUUGUCGUAAAGCCCUCGUGUCUUGACUUAGAACCACAGAAGCAGGGCCUGGGCACGCUGCCUGCAUAUAUGCUUCUUCUGUCGGUGUCCACAUACUCUCAUCAUGUGGCAAUACAGAAUAGGGUCUCAAUUGUUUUAGGAAUGUUUGCUACUAAUGCCUUACUAUUUUAUUGGUACCAAUAGGACAGGGUUAUGCAGGACAUUUCUUAAAUUUGAGCACUGCUACCAUCCUCUCAUGUUGAGUGAUUCCCCUACUGGAAGCUUCCCACCUGUGAAAGUGCCAUCUUUUUGUGACACUUUUGAAAGUGAAAUGUGAAACGUUCCUUUUUCACUGAAACAUAGCCUUAUUUAAUUACCCGGUAGGUUUAGGCUACUUGAGGCAAAAGUGAUGACAAACUUGCAAAUUUGGCUGACAAUCAAGUUAAUUUUAAACAGUGGGCCAUUAAAAUGAGGCUUUUGGAACCGAACGCAGACCUGAAAGGUAUCCCUUUGUGAAAGUGUACGAUAUCCUUUCACCAGCAAGCUUAGGUGAAGAGUGUCAGAUGGGCAGGCGAGUUUGAGUUGAUUGAUGUGUGCCUGUUCUUUGUCAUGUGUGGCCAGUGUCAGGUAACCAGCAGUCUCCUGGGUCAUGUUCUUAUUCUGACAUUUCCAGCAUAGAGUACUGUUACUUGCCUUCCAGUCCAACAGGCCAUUUUCACAGGGUUUAAAAAAAGAAAAAAACAGUGUCGCUUUGUGACUUUUUCCCUUCUGUGUGAUGGCACAGUGUGGUGUGAUUUCCGUUUUGUUGAUUGGUGUUGUCAGCGCUACCAGGGUAUGAAUCCAUUCAGUGGCCUUGCAGACUAACCCACGGACCUUCAACAAAAUGGUGCAAACUGUUCGACUCUGAUGUGGAAACGUAAAGUGAAGAUCGCAGCAUGUUUUCACAGACCAGCUUCUGGUUUUCAGAGAAGCGUUAGGUACGUAGAGCGUUGGUCUUUGUCCUGUGAGCUCAGACUCAGGCGAUUGGCUACCUGCUGGGUUGUGAUCUUAUCAUGCUGCUUGAUAGUAGUGUGCUCAUUGGUCCAGAAUAUAUUUUAGAGGUAAGACAAUAGAUAGGUGCUCUGCUUCCUCCAGGUAAGGCAGAGUAUAGACAAAUACUCAAGUUUAAGGGUAACUAUAGGAUGUCGGGGGGAGCAGUGGCACGAGAACUUAUCACCUGAAGGUUGCAGGUAUGAUUCCCAGAUGGAACACUGCUACUGUACUCUUAAGCAAGCUUCAGUAAAUGUCCAGCUCCACAAAAGGGUGAUGUGUAACACUGAGCUACCAGUAUGAAAAAUGCCUUGAUAAGGGCAUCUGUAAAAUAAAAAAAGUAGUGUAAUGUAAUUUGCCUUACACAGGGCACAGUGCAUAUGAGGCCAGGCAUUUGAAGAAGUGUAUGCAUAUUGCAGCACCGUUGCUAAGUGGCAGCCCAACACUGUCAGGAGAAAAAAAGAAAAAAAUGUGUCUACUGGAAUCUGUUACUUUAUAUUGUAAUAUUCACUUCAACAUGUGUAGUUAUGUGUGUCUGAUAUACAUAGGCCAGUAUUCAUCCUUUUUUUUUCUUGUGAGCUUCAGGUCUUGUGACAAAUGGGCCACAAUGUACAUACUUACUCGCUCCAAAGAGUACAUUCUGGUCCUAAGUUCAUGAGCAGUUUUAAUACCAAGCAAUCCAGGAUUCUUUUUAACAAGGGUUUAGUGAACAGUCCAAGUAGCUCUGUACAUUGUAAGCAGCCCUGCCAUAUGGUGCUCUGGAUUUCUUUUGCUUUAUUGUUUUAUACUGUAGGUUUCAGAAUGUUACCAAGCUUCCCAGCUGCUGGCUGAAAGGUUAUUGUUCUUGCCACUUUGAUAAUUACGUUAAGUGACUAAACCAUGUGAUCACACUGGGAUCAAUCACAAUACGAUUAACAUCUGAUGACAAACAUAUGAUUUGUCAGGAGUGAUGAGGCUUUUUGAAACAUGCAUUAUGGCUGCAACUACUGCCAGUAUGACUGCAUACUUGUUCUCAACAAAGCUUUAAAUUUAGUGGCCAAUAAGAUCUAAAGGAAACGGGCCAAUAACACUGCAAAGAAAAUGUUCAUAUGCUGUUUGGUGCAAUUUUAGCUGAAAACGGGCCAGUGAAAUUGCACGGCAAGCCUUUCUGUUCAGUACAGCUGCGGCAGGCCUGAUAUAGCAAGCACACGUUGUGCUUCAGCAGCUCAAAGCCUCAGUGGAAAGAGAAUCUGUGGAGCUGCACAUGACCGAGAAUGUGGAAGCCGGUGCACAUGCCUGAAUAAUGAUUUCACUUGCAAAACCAGGAAGUAAAGUUUGAAGGGUCACAUGGUUUCGGCUGGCACGGCCGUGUCGUGCGGAAAAGCUACGUGAAUGCCCCCCGGCAACUUUCAGCCGGUUGUUGUGGAACGUUUGAAUUAUCAUAACAAUGUUUUCAUCCUCAUGUUGUCGCUUUAGUGUAUGAAAGUUAACCUGUUGUCACUGAUCCCGUGUAUGACUGCGCCUUAAACGGCUUAGAGGCCUAUGUGGGUGCUUGCAAUCUAUACAUUUUCUCAAAAGUCGUCAAAACAUUUCUCCUGUCUAAAAUGUUGUUCUCUACUUGAUAUUAAUGUAAUAUAGCUGUUGUAAUCAUGUCAUCAGGGGAAACUACACUAUCUCUGUAUUACAACUCUGCACAGCCACAGAAUAGCAUAACUAGCAAUUUGUCUUGCAAGCAAGAAAAAUGUACACAAUGCAUUGUAAAUACUGAAGUCCUUUGAAUAAAAUGUUUUGAUUUUUUUGUGUAAAAUACUAGGGCUUUAAUAUUUCAUGCGUGUAGUUUUACGCUUCUGUACCCUUGUCAUUUGCAUUUUUUAAUGCAUUCUCCAUUUUGCUUGUCCACCGGAUGUGAUGGCAUUGGAGUGAGUCGAAGGGCUGGUGUUGACAGGAAAAUCCGGAACAGGAGUGGAACUGAGCAAAAGGAACGGGAUUGGACCUCCUUUACAGUUUCCAUGGUGAUUUGUCUGGAGUGAGAAUGGCUUUUUUUGUGAGGUGGCCUUCUGUUUUUUUUUUUUCUUUCUUUCAGGUGUUUAUUUAUUUAUUUAUUUAUUUCCUUUCUCGCUGCCGUUCUAAGCUAUGGAUUCUGCUUUUUUUCUGUAAAUUGAUGAUGGACAUGAACAACAGCCACUUAAGAGCUUCAAGAGAAAGUCCAAUAAACAUGUGUUGAAAAG